GAACUAGAAAAUAAAGCACUUGAAGAAUCGGAAAGUGACAUUUAUGUGCGAUUCAUGAGGUCACACAAGUGUUAUGACAUUGUUCCAACAAGCUCUAAGCUUGUUGUUUUCGACACUACGCUACAAGUAAAGAAAGCCUUUUUUGCCUUGGUGGCAAACGGUGUGAGAGCAGCUCCCCUGUGGGAGAGUAAAAAACAGAGUUUUGUAGGAAUGUUAACAAUUACAGAUUUCAUUAACAUACUGCAUAGAUACUAUAAGUCUCCAAUGGUUCAGAUUUAUGAAUUGGAGGAGCACAAGAUAGAAACCUGGAGGGAGCUUUAUUUACAAGAGACGUUUAAACCCUUAGUGAACAUCUCUCCAGAUGCAAGCCUUUUUGAUGCUGUAUAUUCAUUGAUCAAAAACAAAAUCCACAGAUUGCCAGUUAUAGAUCCAGUCAGUGGAAAUGCACUUUAUAUACUUACCCAUAAAAGAAUCCUCAAGUUCCUCCAGCUUUUUAUGUCAGAGAUGCCAAAGCCUGCCUUUAUGAAGAAGAAUCUGGAUGAACUUGGAAUAGGAACUUACCACAACAUUGCCUUCAUACAUCCAGACACUCCUAUCAUUAAAGCCUUGAAUAUAUUUGUGGAGAGGAGGAUAUCGGCGUUACCUGUUGUGGAUGAGUCGGGAAAAGUUGUAGAUAUUUAUUCCAAAUUUGAUGUAAUAAAUCUUGCUGCUGAAAAAACAUAUAAUAACCUAGAUAUCACGGUGACGCAAGCCCUACAGCACCGUUCUCAGUAUUUUGAAGGUGUUGUAAAGUGUAGUAUGCUGGAAACACUGGAGACCAUUGUGGAUAGAAUAGUGAAGGCUGAGGUUCAUCGUUUGGUGGUAGUGAAUGAAGCAGAUAGCAUUGUGGGUAUCAUCUCCCUUUCUGACAUUCUACAAGCUUUGGUACUCACACCAGCAGGUGCCAAACAAAAGGAGAAUGAAAGCGAAUGACUGCUGUGAAUGUACACCCGCUUGUAGGAGAACUUGAACAAAGUUUCUGGGUCGAGUUUGUCUGAAGAACAGUGACUGCAAUAGAACAGAGCAGGAUGGUUGAGAAUGUGUUUUGGGACUUACUGAUGAUGGAUGAUGAGUCUAUUCCCCCCAGUGAUGUCGCAAAAAAAAGCAGCAUGACAAAAGCUUAUGUUAAAAUGUAGGCUUGUAUUUCAAACUGUCUUCAAAACAUUUGCUGGAAGACUUCACAUGAUGUCCUUCAUUAAAAUGCACUGUAUUCGGAAACUUUUUCAUUUUGUAUUUGACAGAAGUCACUGGUCAGCAAUGGAUAUAUGUGACAUAAGGCAAGUGUAUGGCAUAUUCACAUCAUAGUGCCUUAUGUCAAAAUACAGCAAUAUGUCAUCACUGUUGCCCAUCACUGUCCAAGGAAGUAUUGUGCUAAACAAGACACUGUAUUUGAAUGUGAAAGUCUUUAAACCUAAAACCAAAUCAGUUUCAGUUCUCAUUAGAUUUGUCAUAAAAGCUGUAAUUCGAGUAUCGGUAGACUUCUUUAAAACUUCAAUGACAGUUUUGUGUUAAAUGUUGCAUUCUGAACGGAGAUGUAAAACAAGACUGAUUUUAAGAACAGCUUUAUUUAUUUUUACUUUCAUGACAAUUUUUUACACAUCUUUGGUGGAUAGCUAAAAUUUCACCAUAUCCAUUAAUAAACUGUUGAUUGUUAUACAAACAAAUGGUAGAUUUUUCUCAUUAUUUAAAACUUUUGGAGUUGCAGAAGCUGUGGCCUGUUGAUCAGUCCGUAUUACUUGAGCUGCACGUGUCGUGAGUGUGGAUUGGAAGUGCUCUGUACUGUAAUACAAAGGUACCACGGAGGAAUUGAGGUGCUGGAGAACAAUACUUUCAUCUGUAUUAAAGUGUAAAACAAUGUUUGUACAACAAAACUGAAACUUUUUAUUGUAUACGAUUUGUACAGAAGUGGAAGAGUGAGGAAAGCUCUGGGCUAUUUGCUAAUGUAAAUGUACUGUAAAGUUUGAAGAUGAGACUUUUUUAUAAUUGUAGAUUCUUGUAGAUGGAAGAAAUUAAACCCUACAACAUCA